GUCCCAAUUAUUUAUCUAUGACUGUGAGUCGCACACAGUACUGACCCAUACACGAGAAAGAUGGAGGGAGCGAAGGAGGGGCAAUUUUACGAUUCCAUGGAGCCCAAGGAUCAAGGUAAACCCGCCAUGAAGAAACUUCUUCUCAUACUCAACUGCAUCCUAUUAUCCAUAGGCAACUGCGGCGGCCCACUGAUAAUGCGUCUUUAUUUCAUCCAUGGAGGCAAGCGAGUGUGGCUCUCGAGCUGGCUCGAAACCGGUGGCUUUCCGAUCAUCCUCCUUCCCCUCGCGUUCGUAUACUUCCAACGCCGCGCCACCAAAGGGUCGGGAACCGAGCACUUCUUCAUGAAGCCACCUCUGUUCCUUGCCGCCGCCUUCAUAGGAAUCAUCACCGGCUUGGACGACUACCUCUAUGCCUACGGAGUGGCACGCCUUCCCGUUUCGACCUCCGCUCUGAUAAUCGCCAGUCAGCUCGCUUUCACAGCGGGCUUCGCUUUUCUUCUGGUGAAGCAGAAGUUCACCUCGUACUCGAUCAACGCGGUGUUUUUGCUGACCGUUGGAGCGGCGGUCUUGGCUUUGCACACGAGUAAUGACCGUCCGAAAGGCGAAUCGAAUAAGGAGUAUCUUGCAGGGUUUUUAAUGACGCUGGGAGCAGCGGCGCUGUAUGGGUUUCUGCUGCCGUUGGUGGAGCUGACGUAUAAGAAAACGAAGCAGGAGAUGACAUAUUCGCUGGUGAUGGAGAUUCAGAUGGUGAUGUCUUUCUUUGCCACUCUUUUCUGCACAGUAGGGAUGCUGAUCAACAACGACUUCAAGGCAAUACCGAGAGAGGCAAAGGCAUUCGGACUCGGGGAAACGAAGUACUAUGUGGUGAUGGUUUGGAGUGCAAUUAUUUGGCAGACAUUCUUCUUGGGAGCAAUAGGAGUAAUCUUUUGUGCCUCGUCUUUACUCUCCGGUGUUAUAAUUGCUGUUCUACUCCCUGUGACAGAGAUCCUAGCAGUCCUUUUCUACCAAGAGAAAUUUCAAGCUGAAAAAGGAGUUGCUUUGGUGCUUUCUCUUUGGGGAUUUGCUUCAUUCUUUUAUGGAGAGAUGAAACACAGCAAGAAAAAGAAGAAGCAAACCCCAGAAGCAGAGAUGUCUAAAAUUCCUGGUCCAUGAUUACCCUCCG